UGGCUCUCCACUACAUAUCCCCCACUGACCAGCACUCAGCACUCUUCUCCCGUCUUUGGCAAACUUAUCUUGCUGUUUCUUGAGACAUGGCGAGCUCCGGGCUUUCGAAGCUGGCGUGCGUGGCCCUCCUGUGCAUGGUGGCGGCGGCCUCCGUGGCCGAGGCCGCCGUGACGUGCGGCCAGGUGUCGAGCGCCCUGGCCCCGUGCAUCCCCUACGCCAGGAGCGGCAGGGGCCCCGUGCCGGCCGGGUGCUGCAACGGGAUCAGGUCGCUGAACAACGCCGCCAGGACCACCCCGGACCGCCAGGCCGCCUGCAAGUGCCUUAAGUCUGCCUCCGGCAGCAUCUCUGGCAUCAACUUUGGGGUCGUGGCCGCCAUCCCCGGCAAGUGCGGGGUCAACAUCCCCUACAAGAUCAGCCCCAGCACCAACUGCAACAGCGUGAAGUGAAGAUCGUGAAGGAAGGGAUUCCGGGAAGCGAAUGAAUGGCUUAGAAUGCGAAAUAAAAGGGGGCGGGACGAGUCCGACAUGAAGCUUCAGUACUUCAUGUUUCUUUUUAAGGUCUUUUUUUUUUUUGUCUGUUAUCGGGUCCUUUCUGUGCCGUAGACAUUAUCAUGUCGCGGUACUUAUGUUAAAUAAUUAUUUGGCUUGAGCUUGAGGUGAUCGAGUGUUGCCCUUUCCAUUUCA